AUGGGGGUAGUUGUAUUUGGAAAAUCAAUAAAGCACAAUUUCCCUGUGCGUAUAGGUCUCGCUAAAACCAUAUUUGGGAUUGGUCCAACCACGGCAGCCAAAUUGAUGGCCAAGAUUGGAAUUUAUCCAAAUUGUAAAAUGAAUCAACUAACUGAACCACAAAUCUUGGAUCUAAAUAAGGAGAUUUCACUGUUGCUAGUGGAGGGUCAUUUGAAACAAAAGAUCAACAAUGAUAUCAAGAUGAAGAGAGAUAUUGGAUCUUUUGCUGGUUUCAGACAUGCUUGGGGAUUCCCAGUAAGAGGACAAAGAACAAAGACAAAUGCCAACACCGCAAAGAGGUUGAACAAAUUGGAAAGAUUCAGACUUUAA